CAAUGCAGCACUCUUUUGCAUGCUAAGAGAGAACAUAAGAGAACAUGCAACAUUGUUGCCUUUAUAUAUCAAAGAGCAGAUAAAUCAAAUUGGUCUUAUCUCUUAAGGAACGCCAGCUGUAAACGGCGUAGAAUGCAUACCAUAAUGCACACAUAAGCAUCCCCCAAUUUUCACCAUUUUCACCAGCUGACUUUGGGCCUAACAUUCAAUGCGGCUGACCAACAACGUUGCGCCCAGUUAGUGACCAUUUGUGCAGCGUGCCGUGAAGAGGGCCGCCAAAGGGCAACAGCGUCGCAACGCUGCACUUUUAAAGUUGCGCAAUUCCACCAGCUGAGAGAAGAGAGCCACGAAGAGAGUGUUUAGCGCGUGAGAGCACGGCUGCUGUCAUACAGCAUCAGCAACUACCGUCUCAGUUAGCUCACAGCUCAUUUUGACAAUGCCUGUGGGAGGAGCAGACGCAAAAUUUGUUCGACACUCAUAUUUUGGCAAAAAUAAACAAGUGAAUUUCUGAAAACAAAAAAAAAUAAAUAAAAAUUAAUAGUAAAAUUUGGAAUAUUUGUUUUGGUAAUACGUGAAAUUGAAGUACAAGGAUGCGCGGCGAGGAGACCUACAGACGCACCACACGCGAAAAGAUUGUGCUACGUGGCAAUACAGCCAUACGCACCGUGGACUCCACAUCCACCUAUUUGCCUAUGAUGGGCGCAGGCUCAUCGACGCCACCCGCAAGCUUAUCGCAUAUGGCGCGCAUGAUGGACUCAUUAAUCUUGGAUUCGCUGUCACCGUUUGCCUUCACCAAAAUCACCACCACCAGCCGGCCCACGCGUAAUAGCAAUGCGGUGAAGAAGCCGCCGGCAGAAAUCGUGCAUCCACAUCAGCAUCCACAGGCCGCCCCCGUAAAUCCACAUCGGCCCGUCAACAAUCUAGGACCCAAUGCACCCAAUGGCUUGGGCAUUGGCGGUGCGCUGCCGUUGCGCAAUAAGCAGCGGUUGCCCACACAAGUCUACGAUACAGAGGUAGCCCCGCAGCCACGUACCAGCCAGACUGCAAUGCCGUUUCCCUCACAGCAACAGCAGGACAGUCGCUGGGUGUCCUCGUUGCGGCGACGCGAUCCCGAGCUGCAGCCAACGCUCCCCUCCAUUAGCAGCAAUUUGAAUAGCAACAGUCUGAGCCAGAGCCAUCAUGGCAGCGCUGGCAAUGUGGGCAUAGCAGCGAGCAGCACGGCCAGCAAUGCCGGGGUCGGUUUGCGUUUGAGUCGCCCAGGCAGAGCUUCCGCGCUGACAGCAGCUGUGCGCAAGAGUCGGUCCGUGGAACGUUUGCGGGCCCGCAAACUGAGUACCAAUACACAGCUGACACUGAAACAAAGGGCGGUAAAAAAGAAUUCUUUGGAUGAGAACUCGAAUUCGGAUGAUCAGGAUGCGACCACAUCGCUGGAGGAUAAUUCGCAUACACAAUCUACCACGCACAAUACACCAAGAUGUUCGCCCAAGACAAAAGUCAAGCAUUUCUCACCGUUGGGCUAUGAGGGACACCUCGUUGAUACGCUGGAGAAGGACAUACUGCAACGGCAUCCAUGCAUCAAAUGGACCGAGGUAGCUGGUCUCAAUGAGGCUAAGACCAUAUUACAGGAAGCUGUGGUGCUGCCCAAUAUAAUGCCCGAAUUCUUUAAGGGCAUACGUCGUCCGUGGCGCGGAGUGCUUAUGGUGGGUCCACCAGGCACGGGCAAAACCUUGUUGGCUAAGGCCGUGGCCACUGAAUGCGGCACAACAUUCUUCAAUGUUUCCUCAUCCACGCUUACAUCCAAAUACCGCGGAGAGAGCGAGAAGCUGGUGCGUCUGCUCUUUGAGAUGGCGCGCUUCUAUGCCCCUAGCACCAUAUUUAUUGAUGAAAUCGACGCUCUGUGCGCCUCACGCGGCAGCGACUCCGAGCACGAGGCUAGCCGGCGUUUCAAGGCGGAGUUGCUUAUCCAAAUGGAUGGCCUUAAUGCUAGCUUGCAGGAUGACAAGGUCAUCAUGGUGCUGGCAGCCACAAAUCAUCCCUGGGACAUUGACGAGGCUUUUCGACGGCGCUUCGAGAAACGCAUCUAUAUACCGCUGCCCAAUGAGGAAACACGUGCAGCACUGCUAAAGCUCUGCCUUAAGGAUGUAUCGCUGUCGUCUGAUCUCAAUACGAGCAUGAUUGGUGAUGAGUUGCAAGGAUAUUCCGGCUCGGACAUAAGCAAUGUUUGCCGCGAUGCCUCCAUGAUGGCAAUGCGUCGCCUCAUCUCUGGCCGCACGCCGCAACAAAUCAAGCAAAUACGCCGCGAGGAUGUGGACCAGCCCAUCACACUACAGGAUUUUCAGGAUGCUCAGCAGCGCACCAAAAAAUCCGUUUCGGCUGACGAUGUGGCACGUUUCGAGAAAUGGAUGGAGGAGUACGGGUCCUGCUAGUUAUACGAACUAUGUGCUAGCGCAGCACAAAAUCUAUAAAAUCCCCGUAUAUUUACACCCAUACGUAUGUGUACUUCCAAUACGCAAACUUUUUUUAAUUCUUGUAAAAACAAUACAUAUAUGUAUCGAUAUAUAAUUAUAAAAAAUGUUUCCUGUGUUUAAUUGCUCAAGAGCACACACGCUUCACAUUUUGCUCUACACACAGAUAUACACACACAACGGUAUUUUUUAAUACACAUUUAUUCGACAGAAUCCUACUGUAGGCUUAUAGCAACAAAUUGUAUUUUGUAAUCAACAUAUUUAGAACGGAAAAUGUAAUAAAUUAAUCAACACCCA